UCUUCCAUUUCUCUUUCGCCCUACCCCUGCCCCUGCGUCUCCAGAAAUUAGGAUCACCAAGGAAAGGACUAGUUGUUCGAUAAUGGAUUCGUAUACGCUCAAGUCCGUGUCAGAUCUGCCACCGCCCUUUCGUUCGAUUUUUAGCUUCAGGUAUUUUAAUUCAUUGCAAAUUGAAUGUUUCCCUGUCUGCUACCAUUCAGAUGUAAACAUGGUGAUCUCAGCACCAACCGGUAGUGGUAAAACAGUGCUCUUUGAACUGUGCAUACUGAGGCUUCUGUCAAGGUUUAUCUCUGAAGGGAGGUUUGUGCAUGUCAAAGGAAUGCUAAAAACAAUCUACAUAGCCCCAUCUAAGGCUUUAGUUCAAGAAAAACUCCGUGAUUGGACUCAGAAGUUUGGAUCACUGGGGAUAAAUUGCCUGGAGCUGACUGGUGACAAUGAAUUCUACAACACAAGGACUAUACAAGAAGCAGACAUUAUUCUAACUACUCCUGAGAAAUUUGAUUCUGUCACUCGGUAUCGCAUAAAGGAUGGUGGCUUGAGCUUUUUCAGUGACAUUGGCCUGCUUCUUAUUGAUGAAGUUCACCUACUGAAUGAUCCUCGUGGAGCUGCUUUAGAGGCAAUUGUUAGUAGAAUAAAGAUGCUUGCUCACAAUCCUGAAAUGAAAUCAAGUCCUCUAUCUUGUGUUCGUUUUUUAGCAGUUUCAGCAACAAUUCCAAAUAUCGAGGAUCUUGCUGAGUGGCUUAAUGUUCCAGUCCAAGGUAUUAAAAGGUUUGGAGAAGAAAUGAGGCCUGUAAAGUUGACAACCAAAGUUUUUGGCUAUGCUCCCGCAAAAAAUGAUUUUCUAUUUGAAAAGCGCCUUCAAAACUAUAUUUUUGAUAUUCUGAUGCACUAUUCAAGAGGGAAAUCUGCUCUAGUAUUUUGCUCGACAAGGAAAGGGGCACAGGAAGCAGCAUUGAAACUAUCUCAGACAGCAAUGACCUUUGGUUAUUCGAAUCCUUUCAUUAAAGACAAAGAACAGCAGGAAAGGCUAAGGGAAGCUUCACUUUCAUGCAGCGACAAACAACUGCAGUCUUAUAUCCUAUAUGGUGUUGGUUAUCACAAUGGUGGGCUUUGCCUGAAAGAUCGGAGCCUUAUUGAGGGUCUGUUUCUUAAGGGUGAUAUUAAAAUUCUGUGCACCACUAACACCCUUGCUCAUGGAAUCAACUUACCAGCACAUACAGUAGUCAUAAAAUCAACACAACACUUCAACAAGGAAAAAGGUCUUUAUAUGGAAUAUGAUCGUUCCAUGAUACAACAGAUGUGUGGGAGGGCAGGUCGGCCACCAUUUGAUGAUACAGGGAUGGUUAUAAUCAUGACAAGAAGAGAAACAGUUCAUUUGUAUGAAAAUCUCUUGAGUGGAUGUGAAAUGGUGGAAUCACAAUUGCUUUCAUGUGUGACAGAGCACUUGACUGCAGAGAUAGUACAGUUGACUGUUUCUGAUAUUGCACGGGCAAUUGAAUGGAUGAAGUGCUCGUACUUGUACGUUAGGAUAAAAAAGAACCCUGAGCACUAUGCUGUUAAGAAAGGAAUUUCUAGAGACCGCAUAGAAAAGCAAAUGCAAGAGAUUACUGUUCAGAAAGUUAACGAGUUAUCACACCACCAAAUGAUCUGGACUGACAAAGAUGGUUUUCUACUGAAGCCACUAGAGCCCGGACGGUUGAUGACCAGGUAUUAUUUGAAAUUCAACACAAUGAAGCAUGUCAUGCAGACCCCGGAAAACUGCAGCUUGGAAGAUGCACUUAAUGUUAUAUGCCAUGCCGAGGAAAUUGCAUGGAUACAACUUAGACGCAAUGAGAAAAAGCUUCUGAAUGAUAUCAACAUUGAUAAAGAUUGUCGAAUUCGGUUUCACAUCAAUGGGGAUAAGCAGAAACGGAAAAAGCGUAUUCAAACUAGAGAGGAGAAGAUAUUUGUUUUGGCAAAUGACUGCUUGACUGGGGAUCCUUCUGUUCAUGAUUUAUCCCUAACCCAGGACAUGAAUUCUAUAAGUUCGAAUGGGUGUAGAAUUGCUAAGUGCAUGAAAGAGUACUUUAUUUUCAAAAGGAAUUACAAAGGAGCCAUCAACUCAACCCUUCUAGCAAAAUCAUUGUAUCAGAAACUCUGGGAUGAUAGUCCAUACUUGCUGAAGCAAUUACCUGGCAUUGGAAUGGUGACUGCUAAGGCUCUACAUUCAAUGGGAAUUAAAUCAUUUGACACGCUAGCUGAAGCUGAUCCAAGGAGAAUAGAGAUUCUCACUGGCCGUAAAUUCCCCUUUGGGAACCACAUCAAGGACUCUCUCCUAUCAUUACCUCCGAAAGUCAAUAUGAGUAUUGAGGAAAAUGAGUGCCAUAGGCGAGGCAUGUCUAAGUUUGUUGUGACAUUGACUAGGCUAUCACAACCACUCCAGUCAUCUAAACGACAUUAUGCUGAUAUGAUUGUCGGUACAGAAGAAGAUAACCUGAUUCACUUUCAUGAGAAAAUAAGAGUGGAUGAGUUCUCAAGCCCCUAUAGUGCAACAAUUCUCCUGUCAAUCCCGCAACAGAAAAAGCUGACUUUGAAGGCUAAUCUUAUUUUUGAAGAAUACAUUGGUCUUGAUUUCCACCAAAAACUUCUAUUGAUGAAGGAAAGCAAUCCAGAAACAAACAAAAACAGAUGCAAGCAGCCUUCCCUGUUUCCUCCACCUGGGGAUGUUUGUGUCAUAGAAGACGAAAGUGAAACGACAUCUUAUGGUCCAGCUGAAAUGCUUUGCAAUUUGACAAAAUCUAAAACAAUAAACAAUUCAAUGCCAAGUUUCAAACUCAUUGAUGAGGAUUUGGAAUUGGGAGUUGAAGGCGAGCCUGGUUUUGAAAUCCAAGAUGACAGUUGUAAAAUCAUAUCUGAACAAACGAUAUUUGAGCACAUACGUGAAAAGGCCAAGAACUUCCCUCUCUUGACUUCUUCAAGCAAUGUUUGUUCUCCAUCAUCAGAGGCCAUGCUCCUCACAAGAAAACGUUCCCGUGACAAGGCCAUUGAACUUGAUAGUGCACCGAAUGCUACGGAAGAGACAGAAGGAAGCAAAAUCUCACUAGCUUUGCUCAAUGUGACUUCAGAACAAGGAGAGAGAGAACGGUAUGGACAUGAUAGCUACAAGCUUAUGACUCCGAAGCAUCACACCAGCCCCGGAAGGUUUGUUGCAGACCUUGUGGAUGAUUCAGCAGGUGGGCUUCCUUCUAAAUCUGAAACAAGUGGGCUCAAUGGUCCAACACAAGAUACAAUAUUUGAUCACAUAAGGAAAAAAGCCCAGUAUUUUCCAGCGUUGUCAAGAACCAUGCAGUUUGACUCUGUAGCUGGGACAAAGGAAUACUCUUUUGAGAAUCAACCUGACAUUUGCAUUGCUGCUUCGCAAGUUUUGAAAGAGGUGAAUACUGAUAGAUCUACCGGAGAUACCAUAAUCAUUUCAGAUUCGGAAACCAGGAGAGGCAUAGAUGCAUCCAGUACAGAGGCAGGAUCAAGGGUUAAAGAUGAUAAAUUUUCUCGGAGUCCCCAUGGAGAGCGCGGAAGUUCGAGCGCUCCUCCGAGAGUCUCAUGCAUCAACACUGAUCCGUCUUCUAUCGAAAUGUUACCUUUCGACAUUUCUAUGAUAAAACAUAAUACGCGGCUAGCAGGCUCAAGAAACUCCACGGCGUAUGGCAGGAAGAAGCAGUCUUCUCCAAACGGAUCCAAAAGACACUGCUGCUCAUUGGAAAUGGCUGGUAAAAAUAGGGAAGUGGACUCAUUUCUUGGGUUUACGAGUGUCUUUUCAUUUCUCUGAUUCAAGUGCAGGAUGCAUACCAGUUACAAAAUCUUGGCACGCUGGACGGGUGUUUUUUUUUUUUUACAUGCCUGGAUACAUAAAUAUUUUUAACAUGCUAUUUGGAAUUCUUGUAAUUGAAUUUGAUUUUUAAAUGAAUUCUUCUUGUGUUUGA